AUGUCUCGCGUCUUCCUUCCCUCUCCUCGGUCUGCCCGGCUGCCUCUGCCCUACAGCCGUCCGGUGCCAGCGCCGAGUCACUCAGGUUUAUCCUCUCCCCUCUCCCAGCGCGCUAAGAUCUACACAGACAAGGACUUGAAGCAUCAGCUUCCCAUUUUUGAGCGUAUCCGCGUCAGUGCGGCUGUUGCUCGUGCGCGUCGUCUCGACGAAGAGGCGUACCUGUCCCUGCGCUCUGGCAAUCGUGGUCUGGGUAAGUCCUCCUCUGGCCGUGCCUCUCUCUCUCCCCUACCUCCCCGCGGGAUUCUCAAGAACUCUGUGGUCCCUGCACCCAAUGCUGCUGGACGUCGCGUUCACUUUGGUGGCAAGACUGUGCAUGCAGUUAGUCGGUGGAUGGUUCCAGAUCCUCAUCGCGCCCGGCGCGAGGCAAAGACUCGACGAAUCGCUCGCAGGGAGUCUUCUUCUCCCGCUGCCCCUCCAGUGCCUGCGAUUCCCGGAACCUUCCCAGAGGAGAGUGAUAAGGACUCCGAUGAGUCCACCAGUCGCCUCGACAAUGGUUGGGGCAUUGGUCGAGUCUUCCUGGGUUCGGCGAUCGUGGCUGUCGUUGGUGUUCUGGCUCUUGUCCGCUACAAUUUCCUGUGA